AUGGGACGACAAAAGAAAGUAUUUGAUAAGGAUUGGGAGGUAAGAUCACUCUCACAAUAUGAUUAUAAUCCAAAGAAUAGUAUACUAGACAGUCAGGAUGAGGAAAUGUCGAGCGAAACUGCAAACUACGGACUUCUGUAUGAAGAUAGAGAGGACGACAGCAAAGAGUUAAAGACUGGGAAAAAAGAGAAAAGAGUUUCAACGCGGCGAAUAGUAAACAGACCGGCAUCGCAGCCACACAUAAAAUUAAUAAGCGGAGAGAACAGGCUGUGCUUUAAAUAUCCAACAAAAAUGGCAGAAGAAGGAAAAGGCGACAUAGGAAUAGAAGAAGUCGAGUUUUCUAUAAAAUAUGAUAUUGAGAACGUGGAUAUUGACAAAAUGACAGAGAAGUUUAAAAUGGACAACAGUGUGUAUCCUCGAGCCAAUGUGCAGCAGGAGAGAUAUUUAGGAAACCGGUGGGAGUACGAGACAGAGGUAAAUAAGCUAGCAUGGAAGCUAACAGCUCUUAACCCCACGCUUCUGUAUGGAAAGAAGGGGAUUGUUCAGAGAGCUGUGGACUCAUUCAGAAACUUGCACAGAUCAACGAGCUCAAGAAGAGUUGUCCGCAUGAAAAAAAUGAAUGAAGGCACGCUCAGAAAAAGACAGCCAGAAAACAACUCUCUCAACUCACCAAGCGCAGUCAGUAUUACGUGGAUACAGAAGGGAAUUACAAAGAGAUGCAAAGUGAGGAUUGACAUAGAAACAAUUGACUACGACAAAAUUGACAGCGACUUUAAGCUGAAAUACUCUGUCUUUAGCGGAGAGUUUGACGAUCAGUCGUUUGGUCUUGGAAAAUGGGAAAAUAUGAAUGAGGAUAAUGUAUUGGCAGUGAAGCUCGCCUUUUUAAAUGUUGACAACACUGCCUUUUGGAAUGCAGUGAAAGCCACAGACAAAGUAACAAUGCUAAGAAAGGCUGUAGAGUCAUACAAAACAAAAAAGAACUACGACCAAUCCAAAGAAGAGCAGUCUUCUCUUACAGAUAUACAACAGGAUGAUCUUUACUUCAUAGAUCCAUCAGAAAUGAACUAUAGAGAGAAGUCUUUUUACUAUUAUCUGUAA